GCGGUAACUUCGGAUAUCGAUUUUGGUCCAGUGAAAUGCAGAACGAUCAUAUUCUACUAAUCGCAUUCUUCAUUUGUCGCCAGUGAACGUUCUUUUUACUGGGAGUGGUCACUGCCAUCUCGACUCUGUACAAAUUUGUAAAUAGUUACAUUUAAAAUGCGGAUAUCAACGUGGGGUGGUGUUUUUUGUAUUCUUUAUUUUAUAUAUGAUGUUACCGGGACAAAAACGUUCCAGGCAAACCCCGACACAAUAAGACUUUACGAUGACUUAUUGGCGAAUUAUAACAGACUCAUACGCCCUGUUAUCAAUAACAGUGAAACCUUAACGGUUUGGCUUGGAUUAAAGCUGUCGCAGCUAAUCGAAAUGAAUUUAAAAAAUCAAGUGAUGACUACUAACGUUUGGGUGGAACAGAAAUGGUUCGAUUAUAAAUUACGAUGGGAACCAGAUGAAUACGGUGGCGUGGAAAUGUUAUACGUGCCUUCGGAAAAUAUUUGGCUGCCAGAUAUCGUCCUCUACAAUAAUGCCGAUGGCAAUUACGAAGUGACACUUAUGACAAAAGCUACGUUAAAAUAUACUGGCGAAGUAUCUUGGAAACCGCCCGCUAUUUACAAAUCAUCGUGCGAAAUUAACGUGGAAUAUUUUCCAUUCGAUGAACAAUCGUGUAUAAUGAAAUUCGGAUCGUGGACAUACAAUGGCGCUCAGGUGGAUCUGAAACAUAUGAAACAAGAGGCUGGUAGCAAUUUGGUUGCAACAGGAAUAGAUUUAAGCGACUUCUAUUUAUCAGUAGAAUGGGAUAUUUUAGAAGUGCCAGCGUCUCGAAACGAGGAAUACUAUCAAUGUUGCAAAGAACCAUAUUCUGAUAUUACAUUCAAUAUUACGAUGCGAAGAAAGACAUUAUUUUACACGGUCAACUUAAUAAUUCCCUGCGUGGGUAUUACGUUCCUUACGGUACUUGUCUUUUAUCUGCCAAGUGAUUCGGGUGAAAAAGUAUCGCUAUGUUCUUCCAUUCUUCUCUCGUUGACUGUGUUUUUUUUAUUGUUAGCCGAAAUUAUUCCACCGACAUCACUGGCUAUUCCACUUUUAGGAAAAUAUUUAUUAUUUACUAUGAUCCUAGUUACUUUGUCAAUAUGGAUUACCGUGUGCGUUUUAAAUGUUCAUUUUCGUUCCCCAUCUACACACAAUAUGUCACCAUGGGUUAGACAAGUAUUUUUAAAUUGGAUGCCGCGAAUUUUAAUGAUGCGCCGAACACCAUAUUCAACUCCAGAAUACGAUGAUACAUACAUGGAUAGCGGAUAUACCAAUGAAAUAGAUUUUAGUUUUCGUAAUAGCGUUAGUGACUACCCACUAGAAUUGAAAGGAAGUCCGGAUGGAUUUGAAAGUGUUACCUCCCAGUAUAAAAAUAUACGAGAAGACGAUGCUCGGCAUAUACCACAUGCAUCAGUUACUGACAGUGAAAAUACAAUGCCGAGACACUUGUCCCCGGAAGUCGUAUCAGCUCUUAAGGGUGUGCGCUUUAUUGCUCAACAUAUAAAAAAUGCAGACAAAGAUAAUGAAGUGAGCUAA